AUGGGGUUGUGGACCCUGGCAUUUCUAACAGUUCUCAUGCAUUAUUCCACAGCAGCGAGAUACAGUAAAGUAUUCUGGGGCCUGGAAAAUGAAGCUUUAAUUGCAAAUUGUCCCAGACAAGAACGAUCUCGUUACCCUGUGGAUUGGUAUUACUCAAAAACAAACAAAAGUAUUCCCACUCAGGAAGGAAAUCGUGUGUUGGCCUCAGGUGAACGUCUUAAGUUUCUGCCAGCCAAAGUUGAUGAUUCUGCUAUUUAUACCUGCAUUAUCAGAAGUCCCACCUCCAAUAAGACUGGAUAUGUGAAUGUAACCAUAUAUAAAAAACCAUCAGAUUGCAACAUUCCAGAUUAUUUGAUGUAUUCAACAGUAUUUGGAACAGAAAAAAAUUCCAGAAUAAAUUGUCCUACAGUUAACAACUACAAUUGGACAGCACCUCUUGAGUGGUUUAAGAAUUGUCAAGCUCUUCAAGGAUCAAGGUACAGGGCACACAAGUCAUAUUUGGUCAUAGACAACGUAAAGAGUGACGAUGCCGGUGAUUACACGUGUAAAUUUACACACAACGAAAAUGGAGUCAAUUACAGGGUGACAGCAACCAGGUCACUCAAAGUUAUAGAUGAACCAGGCUUUUCUUUGUUUCCAGUAAUCAAUGCCCCUCCACACAAUGGAACAAAGGAAGUGGAAAUUGGAAAAAUGGCCAGCAUAAUGUGCUCUGCUUGCUUUGGGAAAGGUGAGCAGUUCUUGGAGGUUGUCCUGUGGAAUCUUAAUGGAAGCAAAGUGAGAGACUUUGGUGAAGCAAGAAUUCAAGAGGAAGAAGGGAAAAAGCAAAGUUCCAGCAACGAGCUGACGUGUCGAAACAAAGUUUUAAGAAUAGCUCAUGUGAAGGAAGAGGACUUAUCGCUGACGUAUGACUGCGUGGCCCUGAAUUCGCAUGGUGUCUUAAAGCACACCAUAAGACUAAGUAGGAAAAAGCCAAGUAAGGAGUGUUUCUGA